AAAUCAACAACAUCAUUAUCAACAAUAUCAAUAAUCAUAUUUAUCAGAAGAAUUAUAGAGAUGAAUUUAUUAAUACUUUUCUGAUAAAAACUAAUUUCUGAUACUUGGGUUUUAUCCAAUUUAUCAGCACUAUAAAUUCAUAACGGUUUUUUUUAUCUUGCUUUGACUUUUUCACUGCUUGUUAAACGACAAACUACUGUUGAGAGAGUAUUUUAUUUAUAAGCCCCCGACAUAUCAAUUAGAUUUGUCCUCGAAAGUUAUUAGAGCCGAUGAGCAACGACUUUAAGUACGUAAUACUUACACUUGUAACUAACUUUAUAAUAUAAAAAAGCAAUCACAAUGACCACGAUGGGUGUGACUGUUUACUGCAACCGUGUUCAAAUAAAUGGGGAGCAAGAACAGUUGAUGCUGUUACGGACAUUACAAGAUAAUGAAAGCAAUAUUUUAGGAAAUCAAUCACACAUAACAACUGUCCAGAAAGGUCUAAACAACACUCAUAAUGCUAAUGCUGCUCUUCCACCAUAUGAUCCAUCUAGAUUAAAAAAACAUGGGAAAAAUGGUCAACCACCCCCUGUUGCUGUUGCUAAACGUAAUGCUAGAGAACGUAACAGGGUGAAACAAGUUAAUAAUGGCUUUGCUACCUUACGACAACAUAUUCCAAGUCAUAUUGCUGCUGGUUAUGGUGAUCGUGGUAAAAAAUUAUCUAAAGUGGAAACGCUUAGGAUGGCAGUGGAGUAUAUCAGAGGAUUACAAAGACUAUUAGCAGAAGCUGAUGGUGUUGAGUAUGAUUCUAAUUCUAUUGCUCAUAAUGUGCCAUCACCAAGUAGUAGUAUUGUUUCACCAUCAGGACACAGUGGUGUUGGUGAGAGACUUGUUCUUGAGGAUGAUGUAAAUGCUGAAGAGGAAUCUAGAGACAUGUUACAUGAGGAAGGAGAUGACGAGUCGAAACGUAAAAAAUUGUCGACUCGGUUAUCACCAAAUAUUUUAACCACAUCAACAUCCCCUAGAAGUUUUUAUAAACAAACAACUGGUGAUGAAGAGAACCUAGAACCUAGAGGGUUAUCAAGCACAGGAUUGGAUACAUUUUCUCGUCUGUCACCAACGUCUUUGGCAUCACCACAAACUGAAUACUAUAAUCAAAAUGAAGAAAAUCUUGAACCACAAAUAUUAUCACCCUACAGUGGUGCCGGAGAUAGCGAAGAAGGUGGUACAAUUUACACUGCAAGUCCUGAGGCAUUUUCGGGCGCGUUAUAUUAUAAACAGGAGAUCACUGAGUCCGGAGAGUUCAUGGACGUGGUCAGUUGGUGGGAACCGGAACCUCUGGUGCAUCACACUCAGCCACAUGCUCAACGGCUCACACAUGUCUGAUCGUAACCCAGCAAACCGAUGACUUGAGGACUUCCUGAUGCAGACUAAAUAAAUCAUCGUAUUAAUAAUCAGUUGAAUAUUACAUCACUUUAUCGGAAUUUCUUGUGCAAAUGAAGAUCAAACGAAAUUUACAAGAAUCAACUAAACAGUACUUAUGAUCAUUUAAUGAUUAUUAAUUUAAUUAAUUAAACAUUUUUAAUGUUUAUUCCACAGUGAAUUCUAAAUGAUGUAUAUUUAUAUAAUAAUAUAAUUGAACUACAGUAUAAGUCUAAUCUAAAACCUGCAUAAGUUGUUAUCGUUGUAGGUAAUUACAGAAUGUCUUUGAAGCAUAAUGAAAUAGUUUAUUAUUGAAACAACCGUAAUAAUAAUAAUAGUAAUAAUAAUUUGUAAAAUUAUUUUUUAUACACAUCAAUGUUGGCAUCAAAUGUAGUGCCUUAAACAAGUCGUAUUAAGAAACGAAUUAUUUACUCGAUUGUAUAAAGUAAGUUUGACUCCUGGAAAGUUUAACACUAAUGAUUAUUUAUGUAUUUAAAGUAUUUAAUUAAAUUUUUAUAUGCGUUGAUUGUGAAUUGAUGAGUAAUUAAUUUUAAACGAUGAUCAUUGUAUUAAUUUUGCCCAAGAAAAUUUUCAACAAUUAGAGUAAUGAAAAGUCAAUAUUUUUAACGAAUAAAUUAUUUAAUCGAAUAUUAAAAUAUGCGUUAUUUGAAUGCCAUGUGAUAAAUCAGGUGAAUAGUAUCUUUUGCUUGGCCAUAUGAAUUAUAUUAAAGAUAAUUCGGAUACUUUUGAUAAAAUACAAAAAAUAGCAUUCAAAUAAAUCAAGUAUUGAUUAAAAGAAAAGACAGUUGUGUAUAGUAAAAGCAAUUAAAUAGAUUCCAAUGUAUAAUAAUAAUGUCAAGUUUGGAUGCUAUUAAAUUUAUAAAUUUUGCAAACUACUGUUAUUGUAUAAGUAUGAUUCAUGAAUAUUAAAUAGUACUUAUGCUUGCUCAAAAGAUGCAUGAUUGAACUUCUUAAAUAAAAUAUUUUUGGAUCAACUUUAUUGCUAGGUUUUAUGCAACGUUGUGAGUACUUAUUUACUUUAGGGAAUAUUUGAGCUCAUAAGUAGUUUAAAAAAUUUAAAUAAAUAGGAUAAUAAAUUAAACAUCAAUAUAGUAUUUUUAAACUAUAAA